UUUAAAUGAAGAAAAAUUGUAUUCCUAGUUAUAUUAACGUUUGAGUAGAAAAUAUUUAUUUCUUAAUGUAUUUUUUUUUUUAAUAAUGUCAGAUUAUUUUACUAAUUAUGUUGAUAAGUAGCUAGCAAAUUAUUAUAUGAAAAUGUCUUUGUUGUUUGAAGACAUUUUUGAGUUGAAUCAAAUAGUUAAAGUUGAAAAUAUUGUCAAAACAGUUAGUUUUCAAACAUCUUCUUACAAUAUAUUUGCAAUUGUAUUAAGUAGCAAUGACAUUAUUCUUUUUGGAGAUAAUGAUCCACCAUCAGUUAAGUGGUUACCUUGGCCUAAAGAAUAUGGAAAAAAAAUUGUAUCUUUAGCAUUUAAAUCAUCAAAUGAAAAACUGCUUUUGUGUAGUUUUGAUUGUACCCUUUAUUUGGUAUUUGUCCGUGAACUAUUUGAGCCAAAAGAAGGAGACCGUAGAAAUAAAGUAAAAAUAAUUAGACCUGCUCCAGGAGAGCCUACGAGUUCUUUGAAUCCAACAGCAGUAACAUGGUGGACACCUAUUGUUCCUACUUAUUCCAGUGAUAUUGGUAUUGUUGGAGGAAAUAUUGGUGAAAUUGUAUUUGUUAAUCUUCGCACAGGAGCCUGUUUGGGAUCUACUUGUAUAAAAAGCUGCAUAAAAUCUUUAGAAAUUUUACAUGAAUUAUGCUCAAACACAGUUUGGCUUAUUAUAUCUAGUAAUAAUGGAGACCGUUGGAAAUUAUUGCUAGAAAACUUAGAUGUUGGAUAUUGUUGGCUAAAUCCAAAAUCACAAAGUUCACAAGAUAAAGAAUCUAAUUUCAGACAAAAUAAUUCAUUUAACAUUGAAACAAUAGUUCCUGUUAUAUCAAAUUUGCAUUCAACUAGAGCACGUUUACUAGGAUUGCGACAAUUAUUUCUCGAAAAAUUAUCUGUGCCAAAAAAACAACAGUCAAUAGUUAAUUGUAUUCACACAACACCAAAUGAUAUAAAACACCCUAAACGAAGUUUAUCAUCAGAAUCAAUAACAAAUGGAUUUUUAUAUCCCAGUACAGGUCCUGCUCCUGAACCAAUGGCUAGUGUUGUUAGCAUUAAAUCUAGGGUUCAGUAUCACCGGAACAAACAAACAUUUGUUAGCUAUGCUUCAAACCAUGUAUUGGUGCAUGCAUCAGGUUUCAAUACCAAUCAACCAUUAGUAUUUAAAUUACUUAAAGGAGAAAUUGAACAUUUUUUAUACACUGAUCAGUAUAUAUAUACUAUUGAAGAAGGUGGUGCCAAAUUAAAUGUAUAUUUUUCAAAUUUAUGCCAACUUAAGAGUGAUAGUGAUGAUAAAAAAAAAAGCUUAAUUGGUUCUUUCAAGUUUGAUAAUGGAGAGAUUAUUUUAGAUUUGUUUAGAAUAUAUGAAUACAAAAAAAAGGAUAAUUUGGAUGUCGUAUCUUCAGUUAACAAAAUUAGAAUUACUCCAAAUAAAAAGAAAAAAUAUGAAAAACAGCAAAUUUGUAAAAAAGUUGAUAACGUAACUGAUUUAUGCGCCAUAAUUACUAAUCAUUCAAUAUAUUAUUUAAAUUUAAGGAUUAAACCUGAGGAAAUUAUACUUAAGUAUAUAAUGGAAGGUGCUUUAGAUUUGGCAAAUGACUUAUGUGAGGCUUUUGAUCUGGAUAUUAGACCAAUUUUAGAAAAAGCUGCUGAUGAGCAAUUAAGUGCUAGGAAAUUUGAAGAAGCAACUCUUUUUUAUAAACUAUCUAAAACAAAUCCUUUAAAACGUGUUCUAAGAUUAGCAUCAUUGGGUAACACUGACAAAGUUAUUCUUUUUGUGAGUGCACUACUUGAGCAAGCUCAUCCCAAAGAUUUAACUGCUUUGGAGAGGUUACAUAUUUCAAAUCUUGCUGUUAUGAGUUAUGCAGAACAAUUAUUACGAGCUAAUAAUCAUGAAAAAAUAAGACUGGAAACAAAAUUUUUGUGUUUAUUAUCAAACAAUCAUAAUUAUGAUGAAGCUUUAUGUGUAAAUAUUGUUGGUCAGAGUCGGCUCUUUAAUGUGUUAAGAUUUUUAGCUGUUAAUAGAGGUUUACAUAAUGAGGUUUUAACUGUACUAAUCAGCUUAAUGAAUCAAAAAUCAAUUGACAGUCGAUAUUUGUCCUUUACUGAAGGAUUCUGGAGCUUGGUUUCAGAUUUAAUUUUUACUGAAGCAUUAGUAGCUAAUAAUAAAUUUGCAAAAGUACAUGCUAGUUUUAUACAAGAAAACUUGCUAAAUGUUACUCAAGAUGUAGUUUUAGAACUUAAAGCUCUGUAUGAUCCAUCAAAUCCUGCUCUACGACCAGUCUUACGAAAAAUAUUUAAACCAGGUUGUGAAUUAGAUUAUUCAAUUGAACAUGAUAAUCUAAAUCAAUCAAUUAAAGAAUGGUUUACCACUUAUAUUAUGAUAUUAAUCAAGCUUUCCUCUGUUGAGUACUCAAAUCGAUUUUUACACUCAGUUUUAUUAUCCAAUCUAGAUAGUAAAAAUUCAAAAAAAUCAUCAAUUGAAAUUGAUAAUAAAUCUAGUCUUGGCGCUGGUUGGGCACAUGCUGCUCAUAUACGUAAUCAUAAGUUAUAUACUUGGGGUCACUCCUCAAAUGGCUGUUUAGGCAUUGGACCACAUAUGUCAAAGACUGCUACACCUAAUCCUGUGUCUUGGUUUGUGUACAUGGGAGUUGAAGUGAUACAAGUGGCAUGUGGCCGAAAUCAUUCUAUUGCUCUUACUACUAAUGGUGUAUUUUCUUGGGGUUCUAAUAGAUAUGGCCAGCUGGGAACUGCCCGUAAGGGCCAAGCACCAUAUCCAAUGCUAGUUGAAAGUAUGUCAAAUAAAUUAAUUACUUGUGUAUCAACUGGUCAAUAUCAUUCUCUAGCAGUAUCUGUAGAUGGAAAGUUAUGGACAUGGGGAUGGGGUGUCUAUGGUCAACUGGGACAUGGAUCAAUUGACGAUUGUGAGAAACCAAAAAUUUUAAAGUUUUUAGGAAAUGAGAAAAUCAUAAAUGCUUUUGGAGGAUAUGCACAUAGCAUUGUACUUUCAAAUUGCGGUAAAGUUUUUACAUUUGGUUCUGGUGUAUUUGGUCAGCUGGGAAAUGGUAGUACUGCUAAAAUUACUAGUCCAGUUCCUGUAUAUGGUCUUCCGGAAUCUAUAAAAAGCAUAUCUACUGCCUAUUUUCAUAAUUUGGCCUUAAGUGAUGUAGGUCGCUUAUAUACAUGGGGAAGUAGCCCUCAAGUAUUACGAUUUCAUGCCCAAACCCAAAAAAGAGCUAGACAACAACUUCUAUUGAAUGAAGGUGAUACCGUUGAUGAUACAGAAAUUGAUGCUUUAACAGCUGAUGAUGGAUUAUUACAUUUAAGUCCUACUCUUGUAGAUACAUCAAACAUUAAAGGGGAAAUUAUACAAAUGUGCUGUGGUUGUCAUCAUUCAGCAAUUAUAAGUUCAACUGGGCAGUUAUAUACUUGGGGUUUAAAUUUAGAUGGACAGCUUGGAGUUUCUGGUAUUAAAGAAAGGUUGAUUCCAGCCAUAACAUUAAUAGGACCCCCUUCUGCUAUGGCUGAUUCAACAUGCAACAGUUGUCAAUCAAUAAAAGAAGUUAAAUGCGGAGCUGAUUUUACACUUGCAUUAGAUUCAGCUAAUAAGUUAUGGGGUUGGGGUAGCAACCACGAAGGUCAAUUAGGUAAAAUUCCAGAAGAAGAUUUAGCUAAAACAUUAUUAGAUGGUAAAAUGGUUAUGAUCAAAUCAACUCAUAAAGUCAUCAAGAUUCAACAUGGAAAUGUUAACAAAAUAGAUUCACCAAUUGAAAUUAUACUACCACAACUAAGAUUUUCAUUUUCUAACACUAAAGAUAUCAUUUCAAUUUCGGUUACGCGCUGUAUAAACUUUCCUGGCUUGCAAUCGAGAGAAUGUGUUCUUGAAAAUUUAAAUGAUCUUAGUAAUUUAUAUGGAAUUGAGUAUCUGUUACACUAUGUAUUAGAGUGGUUUUAUCCAUACUACCAUAAUACCUCUGUUAUUUCAAAGUGUAUUGCAAUGAAAAAUUGUCAAGGUGCUAGUAAAGUCAGUUUUAUCAGCAACAAUCCCUCAAAAGCAUUGUUUUAUCAGUUUGAAGCUCUUGUACAGUCAAAACCUUAUGGAGAAAUAUUUGGUUUUGAUAUUGAAGAUGGUCUAGAUCAUUCUCUUGGAUCAGUGACCCCAAAUAAAUGUUUCUCAUUAAAUCUUGAAGAAGGAGAAUUAUUUAAUGGAAUAAUCUUUAGCAAAAAAUCAUCUCUUUUACUUUCGAAUGAAAAUAUAAAUAAAGAAUGGCCAGGACUUUCUAAAAUUUCUCAAAUAUUCAACUAUUACUAUGAUUUUAUUCAUAAAGAUGAUGUAGUUUUUUUUUUGCACGAAUAUCUUACAUAUUGGUUGACCAAGUCAUUUCCAAUUGACCCAUUAGAACAAUUAUUUUUGGAACGUUGGGAUAAAAUAAAAUAUCCGCUAGGAACGUUAUUAUUGAGUAAUAGUAAGUUAGAAACAUGCAGUCAAAAUGAACUUAACUUGAAACUUAUGAGUCCAAAAGCUAUUAUGCAACAUUUAUCUGUUUCAUUUUGCAUGCAUUUAUGCUCAUCUAUUUCAAAGAUAGUCAAUGAAAAUUCGAAAAUUCGAAGGGAUUUUGUCAAUUUAUUUGCUCAUGUUACUAAUGCCCCUAGUACAGGACGGAUAGAUACAAUUGAAGAUAACAAAACUCAAGAGUUAUUAGAUCAUUCUAUCCAUAUACUGAGUAGUGAUGAAAAAAAUUCAUUUAUUCAUAUAGAAUUUAAUGAUGCUGAAGUAAUAGGUGAUUCAAUAAUAGCUUAUUCUUGUGGUCAUCGUUAUCUAUAUAGUGAGCAGUUUGAUCAAGAGACAAAAAAAGCAGUGAAUGGCUUUGAACAUUUAACUAAAACUACUUCAAUGAUACAGUCUGCUUUACAAAAAAUUGGAGAUACUGCAUGUCCCAAUUGUGUAUCAAUUCAAAUAAAUAGCCUUUUACAAAAUGAUUAAUUACA